CAUAGAUACAUACAGACAGACAGAUAUACUUUAAGAUAUAGAGUAAAUUAAUACUACUGCAAGAAAGCUUUUCAAUUCAAUAAUCCUCCUAGGAAUAAUCAAUCAUAAAUAUUUUCUUAUUUCUAUUUUAACACAAGUAGUAAAGCAAAUAUAAAAUUUAAAAGUAGGCAGACAUCUCAAAUUGCGAAAAUUAUUACAAUCCUUAAACCUAUAAUAAAUGAUAAACCUGUUUCACUCAACCAACUUAAAAUAUAGAUUGCUUUAAUAAUCUUCAAAACUACUAAAUUAGCAAAUCUAAUAUUCUCUCUUUAAUUUCAUUAAGCAGGAGGGUCUUGAGAACAAGCUCUCAUCUCUAUCUAAAAAGGUUUAGUAAGAAAAGAAAGGAUAAAAAUUGUCAAAAGUAGAAUAAAUGAUUUAAUAGCAAUAAAGCUAAAAAAAAUAAAAUUCAUCUCUUGAUGAAGAAGCUAUUUAGCAUAAUGAUGAUAUUUUGUUCGAUACUGCCACAAAUAAAGUGCAUUAUCCAGUAUUAAUCGACAAAAUAACUUAAGUUUUACAAGAAGAGUUCUAUCCUCAUUCUUCUAGUCACUCUGAAAAAUGUUUAGUUGAUUGCACUCUUGGUUCAGCAGGUCAUGCCAAACAUUUCUUACAAAAAUUCCCUUACUUAUACAUUCUUGGGCUUGACCUAGAUCCUAGAAUGCUUUAAUACAUAAAUGAUAAUGUUAAGAGCUAACUUUCUCAUAGCGAUCAAAAUCGAUUCAAAACUAGAAAUGAAAACUUUACUAAUAUUGAUAAAAUAAAUCUCUACAAAAUUUUUGAAGAGGAAUUUCCUUCCUAUAAAAAUUUUCAUGCGAUAUUUGCAGAUCUUGGAUACAACACCCUUCAUCUAGAAAAUUCAGAAUGGGGUUUCUCAUAUUUGCGAAAUGGAAAGCUUGAUAUGAGAUACAACUAAUCAUCUCAGACUAACUCUGCAGCUGAUAUAUUAAACAAAGCUAGUUACUUAGAACUCUUUGAAAUAAUCCGUUAAUAUGGAGAAGAUCCUAAUGCAGACGUAAUUAGUCAAAUGAUCAUAAAACAAAGAUAGAUUAAGCCAUUUGAAACUACUAAGGAUGUUGUUGACCUCAUUCUUGAAGAUUAAAGCGGAUACUCUUUCAAAGGUGGACAAUAUAAAGCAAUAACUAAACUCUUCCAAGCUCUAAGAAUUGCCACUAAUUAAGAAUUAACUAAUUUGCAAGUAUUUAUGGACAAAAUAUAUGAUAAAUUACUUAAAGAUGGACUUGGAAUAAUUAUCACUUUUCAUUCACUUGAAGAAAACAUAGUAGAAUAAAAACUCAGAGAUUUGAAAAGAUAAAAAAAUAUAGAAAUCCUUCAAAUGGGAGAAAAACCUGAUAUAAAUGAGCUCUAAAAAAAUAGUAAAUCUAGGUCUGCAAAAUUAUACACAUUUAAAAAGCUAAAGAAAUGAAAAUUAAGAUCUUUAUUUAUUUCUUUAAAUUAUUUUUGAAAAAAAUAAAUAAAAAUUAAAUUAAUAUUUAAAUUAAAAAUCUUAAAUAAUACAAUUCAUUUAUUUACUUUUUUACUAGCUAAUAAUAAAUAUUUUAUUCAAAAAUAUUAAUAAAUAUUGAUAAAAAAAAUAUAUUUUUUCUUGUAAAUUAAUCACAUAACAAUAAUAAUAGAUUAUUUAAAUGAAUAUUGAGGUAUUUUUAUUCUAUUUACUAACACAAAAAACAUAAGCUUUUACUUUUAUUAAUUUAAAUACUGUAAUUUCUUAUAAAUUAAAAAAACUAAGAAAAACUUUUUUUUCCA